GCUUGUCUAUUCCAGACUGAAAUCAGCACAAGGUCAAAUGGGAACACCUAAAAAAAUUCCAUUUCCUAAAGCCUCUGAAAGGAAAACGACUGACAUUCUGAUCAGAUCAGACCAUCCUGAUCUUACGUUAGCCUUGACAGAAUGUUAUGGUCGAAUUGGAGCGCCAGUAGCAAGAAAAGCGCUAUUGGGGUGGACCUGUGUUGGACGUUUACCCGCCCUUUCUUCAGCUAAAAAGGUUGCCCACGCCAAAACCUUUCGGAUCCAGACCUUGUGCGAGACCCGUCUCGAUGAACAACUACGAGGAAUGUGGGAGAUCGACUCACUUGAAGUUAGAAAUUCAGACGAUAGUCAGUUGAAUCAGGAGGAGAUCUUAGCUAUGUCAAAGGUCGAAAAGUCAAGACGAUGGAUCGGGGGCCGUUACGAAAGGAAGAGUUGCCCUCCUUACCUGACAAUAGAGAAGAAGCAGAGAAACGUUUGUUCUCUUUGGAAAAAAACACCUCAAGAAGCCAGAAGUUGCGAGACGUUGCAAAGAAGCAAUGAAUGCGAAUGUCGAGAAGGGCUACAUUCGGCAGUUAGAAUCUUACGAGGCAGAGGAAGGUCCAAGCUGGUACCUUCCACACUUUCCAGUGAGACCACUAAAGUACGCAUAGUAUUUGACUCGGCUGCACGUUGCAAGGGCGUUUCCUUGUAUGAUGCAAUGCUUACUGGGCCUAAACUUCAACGAGAUGUCCUGGAGAUACUUCUACGAUUUAGACUGAGACCUGUCACCCUAGUAGCAGACAUCAAGGAAAUGUUUCCCCAAGUGGUCCUCGCUGAGAAAGCCCGCAAGUAUCACAGACUGUUAUGAAGAGAUCUCGAUCUCACAAAGCCUGUGGAUGUCUAUGAAGCAGUCCGUUCAACCUUUGGAGACAGAGCAUCCCCUAAUCUAGCCCAGUUCGUGCUUCGCAGCCACGCCCUAGAAUUUAAAGAGAACUACCCAGCAGCAGCUAUGGUCCUGCUUCGAGAUAUGUACAUGGAUGAUAUCUUUCACUCAGAAGAAACUGUAGAAGACGUCGUUCUCGUCCGUGAAGAAUUGACAAAGGUCCUGGGUAGCGCUGGUUUCCAUGCCCAAAAGUGGUGUAGUAAUCGAACAGAGCUUCUAGAAGAAAUCCCACAAGAGGAUCGAGCAACUGGAGUAAAGCUUGACAACUCAGAACUACCAAGUGUCAAGACAUUAGGAGUCCGUUAGAAUGCGAGUGAAGCUGUUGUCACGU